AUGUCUCUGACCAAGAGCGAGAGGACCAUCAUCAUGUCCCUCUGGGACAAGGUUUCCUCCCAGGCUGAGGCCAUCGGCACCGAGGCUCUGGAGAGGCUCUUCCUCAGCUUCCCGCAGACCAAGACCUACUUCCCGCACUUCGACCUGCACGCGGGCUCAGCGCAGCUGCGCGCUCAUGGCGCCAAGGUGGCGGCCGCGCUGGGCGACGCGGUCAAGAACAUCGACAACUUGGCCGGCGCGCUGUCCAAGCUGAGUGAACUGCACGCCUACGUGCUGCGCGUGGACCCGGUCAACUUCAGGCUCCUGUCCCACUGCCUGCUGGUCACCCUGGCCAUGCGCCUGCCCGCGGACUUCACCGCCGAGUCCCACGCCGCCUGGGACAAGUUCCUGUGCCAAGUGUCCGCCAUCCUGACCGAGAAGUACCGCUGA